AUGUCCGAUUGCUUCUGAAGGCAACACGAAAUAAACGACUGACUGGAAGGCAUUAUUUGCGGUCAGAAAUACCCUGAUCAAGCCUCAUGAUAGAGGAAGAUCGCUUCUCAUGAAUGGAUAUAUCGACCUGCCUUUAACGUCAUGCAUGCAGCCAGGCUACUAACCAACCCAGAGACGAUGUGCUAGUUGGAGGCUCUUCCUCCGUCUAAGCUCAGCUUCUCCCGUCUGCCCCCAUGUUAACCCUCUUGAGCAUGUUUUACUAUAUCUGUCUGCGGCGGCGCUCCAGGAGCGGGACUCGAGGCGAGGCUCUGACCAGUCGGCGCGCCGUGGAAUCCGGUCAGCGGGCGGUGCUACCAGUAAGUGUGGAGGUGAAGCAGUACGCCAAGGAGGUCCUGGACUUCAGCUCCCACUAUGGUAGUGAGAAUAGCAUGUCCUACACCAUGUGGAACCUGGCUGGGGUGCCCAACGUGUACCCCAGCUCAGGGGACUUCACCCAGACAGCUGUAUUCAGAGCUUAUGGAACCUGGUGGGAGCAGUGUGCCAGUGCCCCACUACCUUUCCGACGUACCCCAAAAGAUUUUUACAGCCAGGAUUAUGUUGAGCUGGGCUUUGAGGAACCGGUCUACCCAACAGCCGUGGAGGUGUUUGAGACUUACUACCCUGGAGCCAUUGUCCAGAUCAUGGCCUGCUCGCACAACCCAUUAUCACAGAACCCACCCACCGAUGUUAGAUGGGAGGUGUUGUGGUCAGGGGAGCCCACCAAGGCACUGACUCCCCAGGCUCGCCAGUUUUCCCCCAAAAUCAAACAUAUCAACUUCCCCACCAAUCUGCUGCGACUAGAGGUCAACAGCUCCCUGCAGGAUUACUUCACCGAGCUGGAUGCCGUCAUCCUGCGGGGAGUAAAAGAGCGGCCCAUGCUGGCGCUUUAUAAAAUGCCCCUCAUCGACAUCAGCGAUCCGAGUGACAGUGAGGAGGAGCUGUCUGAGAUCGGAGGCUCUUUCAGGCAGGAAGGAGACAGCAAGCACCACAGAGCAGGCAAUGGCUACUUUGACAAACUGCCUUAUGAGCUCAUCCAGCUGAUCCUGAGCCACCUGACCCUGCCAGACCUCUGCUGUCUGGCCCAGACCUGCAAGCUGCUGCACCAGCACUGCUGUGAUCCACUGCAGUACACCCAGCUGAGUCUGCAGCCCUACUGGGCUCGGCUGAGUGACGCCUCUCUGGGACACCUGCAGAGCCGCUGCACUCUCCUCCAGAGGCUCAACCUGUCCUGGACCGGUAACCGUGGAGCCCUCACCCUGACAGGCUUCAGCAGUUUUAUGAGGGCUUGUGGUUCUAGCCUGGUCUGCCUGGAGAUGUCAUGCUGUCACUUCCUGAAUGAAGGCUGUCUAGAGGUCAUCUCCCAGACUUGUCCUACAUUAAAGGAGCUCAAUCUGUCCUCCUGCGACCGCCUCCCCUCACAGGCCUUCACACACAUCUCCAAACUCACUCUCCUCCGCAGACUCGUGCUCUACCGGACCAAGAUAGAGCAAACAGCCGUCCUGAGCAUCCUGACGUUUUGUACGGAGAUGAGACACCUCAACCUGGGCAGCUGUUUGAGGAUCGACGACUACGAUGUUGUGUCCAGCAUGAUAGCCGCUCGCUGUCGCUCAAUGCGCUCCCUGGACCUGUGGCGGUGCAGAAACCUAACAGAUAGAGGCCUGACCGAGCUCGUUUCUGGCUGCAGGAUGUUGGAAGAGCUGGAUCUGGGCUGGUGUCCCACCCUGCAGAGCAGCACCGGCUGUUUCCAGCAGCUCGCCCGCUGCCUGCCUCGACUGCGUAAGCUCAUCCUCACCGCCAACCGCACCGUCUCUGACUCGGACAUUGAGGAGCUGGCUUCCUGCUGCCCUUCGCUGCAGCAUCUCGACAUACUCGGUACACGCUUGGUGAGUGCUGCCUCGCUCAAGAAGCUCCUCCAGUCGUGUCCUCGCCUCGUCCUCCUGGACGUCUCCUUCUGCUCACAGAUAGACACUCGGGUCGUCCAAGAACUCUCCAGCCUCUUCCCCAAAGUGGCCAUCAAGAAAAGCUUCACUCAGUGACCCCGCCACUGUCUCAGCUCUCGCUGCCGAGGAGCAUCGAGCUGCAGGGACAGGCUCACCAGCAGGAGCUGGUCCGCUGCUGCAGAUUGUCUCGUAUCACAGACAGCUGAGUGAAGAAAGCCCCGGUACCUUUGAGGGGGGUUUGAGGUGGUCUUAGUGGCUGAGCAGAAUCAGCUCAAGACUUAUCAGUGGACAGCACAAGACACUCAUCUGCCUAGUCUGUGGCCACACACCAUCAGGGAGGCUGCAGGAAAGCUGCUGCACACUUUUUUGACGUUCAAACACCAUUUUCAGAUGCCAAACAACACGCGAUGAGGACUUCUGCCUUUGUAUGAAAUACGGCUCACAAACAAACCAACAUCUGUGGUGUUGGAGAUCAAAGUGACAGCAGAGUGUUGGACGAGUCUUUCAUAAAGGUUAGGUGUCCUGCCAGUGCCUUCUCUGAGCUACACCACCCCAUAGUUUACCACAAUUUUAUUUGGAAUGCUUUACUAAAGUCACGUCAACUAAAAACCUUUCACGGUCACAAAGCAGCACCUUUUGCCACAAGUUCUCCCUGAACGUUCAAGCAUAGAACACUUUAUGUUCUGCAUUAUUAAGCAUUGAUAAAAUGAACUUGAGAUAACAUUUUUAUUUAUUAAAAUGAGACGAUUUGCACUUUACCCACACGUUGACACGGUUUCUUGAGAACAGUGAGCCUCUUGAUGAAAGACGCUACAGAAUUCCUCACACACAUUUCCUUAUGUGUGUUUUAUUCUCUCCGCUCAGUCAGCCCUGACCCUGUUUAGUCCGAUAUGUUCACAUUUUUCUUUGUAAUAUUCAGAGGUCUUCUGGGCCUAAGACAUCAGAAGGAAUGUUGAGGGUUCGCCUGUGGAGCUACAGGCUGCAGACCCAAACAUGGAUGGCAGAAUAGAAAUGCAGCUUUAAAUGUGGUUAAAAGAAAGAUCAUGAUCGUCAAUCCAACAAGGAUUACCAAUAUUUAGUAGUCCUAAAAUGAUACUCCACUAAACUUUAGUUAAAAACCUGUGUUUAUUUUGACGUCGGGGUUAUUAUUUAAGGCUAGGGUUGGGUAAAACCGCCCGAGUCCUGCUGUGGCAUUGUCGGACACGAGGAUUAAUUACAAUGAGAGUCUGUAAAUACAUCAGAAAUCAUUCUCAGGGUUAUUUAGUGCGUAUCUUUUGUUUUGAUCCAUGACUGAAAGCAACAGUUGGCUGUUUGUUCUGAAAACCACACACCUUCGGCUCUAAUGUAAGUAAACGGAGCUUAGACGUCACACGCUGCCGUGUGCUUGUGAAGAUAAAGCUGUCUCUGAUCAUUUAUCUCUGUGAUUUGAGCUCCGGUUUCCCCGUGAUCGGGAAGCUCUUUGUUUCUGUGAGAAAACUUGAACUUUUCUUUAGAUCACACACUACGAGUAGAUAUUUGUGCCUUAUUAUUCCUGCUAUUAGAGCGUGCUGUGACGUCCCGGGUGGUACAGACGUGCUUUUGCUUUUAGGGUUCUCUACCAAAGGUUUCCACAGUCGCCUGGUCACCAGGUUCAGGCUGGAUUUAACCUGUUUGUAUAUCAGCCUUGGGAAGUAUUAUGUGAAAUGAUAUUAUUUAUUCUCCCCUGUGUGGAAUGACUGGAGGCAGAAACCUGUUAGAUACAAGCUUUUUAAAAAUCUUUGCAUCAUUCUAUUUGCUUCAGUCUGCUUGAUUUAAACAUUUUACUCAACAAAACGUGUACUUUGUGAAGUACUCCAAAGUACUUUUAAGUACCUUGUUCUGGGGCUGGCUGAACAGGUCUCCAACCAGUCCUCACCACCCUGAACCCAAACAUCCAGAUUUAUUGUGUCUGAUGGACGCUUCAAUAAUAUUUAUUCCCUUUAGAAUGUUUGUUUUUGUUGUUUUUAAUUGUUUCUGACCGAAGUUUUGUUUUAUUCCUAGUUUCAGUCCUUGGAAGCAGAAGAACACGUCAUUUUUAUUUUGCCCACACAAAACUAGACUGAUGUGAUUAUUUCUGUAACGCGGUGAGGCUGUUGACUGGACACGGCUCAUGAAUAACAGCUUUUAUUUGUUCAGACCGGAGCUCUGCAGCCUUCUAGAGCCUCAUAACUCACCUAAAACAAUAGCUCAAUCUGUGUUAUGAAAACAAUAAAUAUAUUCUUGUUCACAUUAAGUUAGGAAACUGGGACAAGUUGUUAAGGAUUUUUGUGUUUUUACUGUUGGACACAGGAAAAGACAAAAUUAUACAAACGGGAGUAAAAUAAACAUAUUUAUACUCCCUUUGAUCAAAUGUAAUCCAUGUGAGUCUUCUCCAUGUCAGACAUUCAAAAUGAUCCCAAAUGAAGUGGAUAAAGCUUAUACUGGGAACAAAGUUCAGUUAUUGAAUCUAUUCUAAGAAAAACAAAAUUCAAUUCAGUUCAAAAAUGCUUUAUUAAUCCCAGAGGGAAAUUGAUUAAAGCAACCAAACAAACCUUGGGUCUAAAUUUUUGGCUGAAUAACUUUGGAGAAUGUCUUAUUUCAGGGUCUAAAUUCAUUUGUCAUGAAACAACUUUGUUUUCCAUCAGCAUUUUGCAAACAUUUCCUUUUAUGUUGGAUUAAAAAAGCAUCCCAUAAACUCAGUUUGGAUUCUUGUGUCAUGAGUAUUUCGCUGAAACAUCUGUUUAAAAUUGCACCAGAAACCUAAAAACACACAUAAAUCAUCACCUCUGCUUCUUCUGGUUCGGCCUAUGACGGGCCACUGCAGAGGCACUAACGCAUGACUUGAGGCCCCAGAACCACACAUUUCAGACCCCUCCUGCAGGUCUGGCUGCUUCAUUUCCAGAUUUUAAAUAAACUCAAGGCUGUUGAUGCAA